UUUAUCAAUCCUUGAUAUAAGAACUAGAUCUAGAGUUAAAUGAUUUUUUAUAGUCUAAUUUAAGACUCUAUUCCCUUUUAAAAUAAAGAUUGAUCACUUAACAUUUUUAAAGUCAUAUAACUGCUCACAUAUUUCUAUAGAAAUUUUAAAGAUUUUCAAAGAAUUAUAUUAGCGUUAAUGACGUCAUCAAAACUAGUUGUUAGAUUGAGCCCAUGUUUUUAUACCUGUAUGUUUACACAAAAUGGCCGAAGAAUUGAACAGGCGACCUAGAUCUAACUCUAAACAGCGAAAGACUUUCGCUUCAAAUCAGUCUCUGACAUUGUAAGAUAAUACAAUAGUUAAAUAAUAAACAAGUGCAAUGCUUUUUAACCAUGAAGCGUUGCUCAAUUCGCAGACUCUCUUGAAAAUGAAAGUGGGUACCCUAAUUAAAUAAAGGGACCAGAAAGGAAAUGAUAACUGUAUGGCACAAGUAGCUAAAAAGAAAGGCAGACCACCGAAGGAUGCAAACACUACUGUCAUAAUGAAUACCCAUAAUAAUACUAGUCAUGUUUCAAGCAAUAGCUCAACCUCAAAAACUGUUGCGGCUAUUUUAAAGCAGGUUAAAGAAUCACUUCCUGCAAAAGAGGCCAUGAGAGUUCAGCAGCAACAGCAACAAGCACUCAAGAAAAAAAACAAGACUGGUCAAGAGCAGAUUCAGUCAUCCAAUAUACUUAAUCAGCUAAAGACUACCAGCAGUCCCCUUGGCCGUGUUGGGUCACCGUCACUGGUGAUUUCCCCUGCAUUGUCCCCUUCUGGCCCUAGGGGUGUGUCACCCCUGGGGAAAGAUCACAGCCAUCCUGUGACAACAAAAAGCUCUUCCCUGAGCCGUGACCUCUCACCAUCCCGCAUCACUGCACAGAUGGUGAAAGUCAUGGCAGAGACGGCCCCAAACACGCAGCCAUCAAACACUACAAACUUACUUCGUUCAGCUCUGCAGGGAAGCAUGCCUGAUCCUAUAGGCAUAUUGAGUUCGACAAAGACUGAAGGGGGUUUAGUAUCGGUUGUCACUAGCACCGGUGGAUCAAUAACCAGUUUUAAUCAAAACCGCAAGUCAACUGGGGUAAGUAGUUUCUCAAAAAACUUAAACAUUGUGUCAAGUUCAGCCAAUCCAACACACACUUUCAGCAAAAUAUUAACUAAUAUUGCCGGUGGAGGGGGCUACCUGAGUCAACAAAGUCUUGAAGGUGGAGACUCCUGCUCCCCUACUAUGACCACCCUCUCCACAGUGGAAAAUCUUCUUGCGUCUUCUGAUGGCACAAUUCAAACCGUUAAUGUUUCCCAUAUUCCUAAAUCUACAAAUCCCAACAGCUCAACCAUUGGUGGUUUGCCAGGCACUUCGUCGUCCUCCAUUUCACCUCGACCGUCUCCUCGCAGUGCAAUGGAAGUAGCCCAGCAGAUUAAAAUGGAAGCCAAUGGCCAGAAAUCGAGUGCUCUGCGGCCUGGAAUGCAACAGCAUUUACGCACACAGAUCCAAGGCUCACGCAGCAUAGAUGCCCAGCUAGCGCCAAAACAGAUUCAGGGCUCACGCGGCAUAGAUUCGCAGAUAGCACCAAAACAGAUUCAACUAGCUACUAAUAAAAGUCAAAGUUCAAGCCAAAGAGCCUCACCAAAAGACACAGAGUCCAAGCCCAAAGAUGUCAAUAUGCCAUUACUGACAGCUAAGCUGACAGCAUUACCAUCAGUAGUUAAAGUAUCACAAACUAUUAAAACUCAGCUAAAACAGCAGCCACAGCAGCACCCACUGUCUGCUGACUUGUUGUCACUAACCAUCUCAUCUUCCAGCACACCGUCCUCAACAACAGUGUCUACUCUUCCCAUUUCCACAUUAAACAAAAGACCUCAGCAGUUCACCGCUAAUGUGUUGCCAGAGUUGAAACCUCGUUUUCACCUGCAGAGCACCCAGCAGCAACCAGCUGCCACACUCAGCAUCGCCAAACCUAGUCAGCAUCUUAGUGAAGACCACACCUGGUUGCCGCGGCAGCAAAAUGUGCAGGCUGAUUCUCGACCUCCAGCAUUGAACCUCUCCGGUGGGCUGGGGGAGAUACUCUCGGGCUUAGAUAAGCACCAGACUUUAGAGAAACUUAUACAGGCCAGUAUAAGUGGUACCAUGGGUGUUCAGAGUGACAAAGUGGAUGGCCAUGCUCAGUCGAUAAACAAGCAUUUAAGUAUACAUUCAAACUUACAGAGGGGAAAGUCUCCUUCACAAGUAACUUCUGUUCAGCCAAAUGUGGAGAAAAUUGUUCAGGAUUUUAUCAAUCAGAAAACAAUGGUUGGAGGGAGUCUGAAAAUUAGUUCCAAUAUCAGCACAGCUCAGACCGUAUCAAAAUAUAGACUUGGCGAUUCACAACAAACAGCUAUAGAUGUGGAUAUGGAUAUAGGUCAUUUGGCGUCAAUAACAGGAGAGGGCUCUAUUAUAAAAAACGACACUGCUGCAGCUAAAGACGUGAGAGGGAGUCAAGUGUCGUCCUUUAAUCAAAAGCUGCCAGUAAAAUCCACAGCUUUAUUUACAUUUCAUACGCUACAGACCACAUCAUCACUGGCCCAUAUACCUAAGCCCAUUGUGCACACAUCAGCAGCACCCUCUGUGACCUUGUCUGUUGCACAGUCGCAAGCAGUACUUCCUCCGCCUCCUGACUACACGCCUCCCCCUCCCUACCCAGGGAAACUGAGCCAGCAGUACCCACAAAGUCUAACCACACAGCAGCAGCAGCUAUUCUUCCCUAGCAAGGCCAGCCAGUCCUCUAAGCAGGCUGUGCAGAAUCCUUUCACUUUUCCUAUCAAACAUACACUUGACCGAGAUGGUCCGAGCAGCAAACAAGUCCAGCAAGUCACAUAUCAAAAAAGCAUUACUGAAAAUACUGAAAACAUUAUCAAUGCAAGCAAUUCUAGCACUGUGACAAAGUUCAGGGAACCAAAGGUAACUUCUAGUAAUCUAGUUAAACCACAAGCACAAGCUGAUGCUGUUCCAUUUCAAAUCAAGCUUGAAAUCAAAAAUGAGCCAUUGGAGGUUAAAGCAGAGAAUCAACAUUUUCAAACCUUCAACCAUGUUGCUGAGCCAAAAAAGAAACAGCUUCAGCCUUUUAACCAAAGAAUCUCCAAUCUCUCCUGUUUCCCUGUGAUGAACUCAACCUACAGAGCUGCUUACAGAUCUCAUGUUGUAGCUGUGCAAAGAGCAAGAGCUGGUGUCAUCACCAAUACAGCCAAGUCCUUAGACAUCUUACGUCAAAAUUUACAACGGGCUAUCAACAAGGAACUGACUGAGAUUAUCAAGCGUUACACUGAUAAAUAUUUUCAGCCUGCUCUAGAGAAUAUAAAGCAGAACAAUAAUGAACCAUUUUUAGGAGAUGAGCAUAUAAACUAUGUCUGUCGACAAAUUCUUGAAGAGGCCAAAUCUGAAUAUAUUAGUGAGACAGGAAGGCGAAGUGUGACUCCUUCAGACAUUCCUGACAAUAUAUCUGAAAGUGGUAGUUUAGGGGGACGCAGAAUGUUUUUAAAAAGAAGUCGGAUCUCUGAUAGUGACUCUGAAAAGGGAAGUGACCCUGGAGAUUUCAGAAGAAAAAUAGCAAAAAAAAAAGGCAAGCCAAGUUUUUAUGGUGGUUCUGGAAGAGUUACUCCGUCUAAGCCUUACAAGCCUACAGAACCAAUCAGGAGAGAAGGACCAAAGUGGGACCCAGAUAGAAUCAAACCAGAGACCCUGUUUGUCAUGGGAGCCAGAGCUAACAAGGCACUAGGUUUGGGCAACACUAGAGGAAGACUGUACAUCAGACAUCCAGAUGUCUUCAAGUACAUAGGUGAUCAGGAAGAUAAAGUAUGGCUCUGUGAACAUAACCUGAUGCCAGCCACUGGGGGCAAAGCCUACAUGCUUCUGCUGGAAGACAUUGAAGAUUUGAGCAAGUCAGAUGACUACAAGGAUAGUCCUGGACUCAUGAUGCAUGAGUGCAUAGGCUUUACUGUUCCUGAGUGGAUGUUGUUGAAGAUGAAGGAACAGAUGAAAGCUUUACGUUCAGAUGCCACAAAAAGAAGCCUGUCCCAAUCUCCUGUUAGCGAUAUUGGUGACUCAAGGCCCAAGAGUCUUCCUUUCUCUUCAUUUUCUGACACUGGCCUAAAGGAGGAAACUAUGGUUUCCCCUGCGGAUACAGAGGACAUGGAUUUCCUGUCAACAGCAGACAAUGAUGACACACAACCUUCUUCCGGUAUAUCUCCUUUCACUGUCAGCGGUGGAUUUGAUGAAGGAGUUUCUCCAUCUCCCUCUGAUCUAGAUCCUAUAGAAGAUCCUGCACCUGUUCCAAGUUUGUUCUCCUAGUUAUUAAUGUAUCUUAUAAAUCAGUUGUUUCUGUUCUUUAAAUGAAAUCAUUCUCUAUGCUCAACAUAAAAUACAUAUUUAAUAAGCGACUACUAAAAACAUGCUAUAUAACUUUAGUCCUUUGAUCAAUUUUUAGAUAAAUAUGAGUUGUUGUUUUUUAUUUGAAGCAUUUGCAUUUCAUCUAAGGAAAUUUAAAUGAAAUGAGUUUGAGUUAUAAUAUUGUGAUACUUGAUUCACUGUUUCAUUUGUGAAGAGGAAAAGGUUGCACGAGUCACGAACCAAAAUUGUGUUCAUUAUAAUAACUAUAUAAUUUUUGAGCUUCUUUGGGAAACCUUCAGCAUAAUAGAUACUAAUUCAAAAUAUAUUUAUUUAAUGUUAUAAAUAUUGUUCUGAAUUUUUUUCCUCCUGCGUUAUUUAUCCAUGAAAUAAAUUGUACUCCCACAGUCUUCAACUGAAUGAGCUAUGCCCAUGCUAAUUGCACAAUUUUUGUUGACAACCUAUUGAACUAUUGAAGACAAUAGUAAAGAAAAUGUCUGUGUGUUGCAAUUUUUUGAUAUAUUUAAAAUUGUUUUGUAAAUAUGUACAUGUUCCUGUAGUCAACAUUAAUUACUGUAUUUUAUCUCAAGGGUUAUAGUAAUUAUGUUUUGUUGUUUUGCUUAAUUAAUGUCAUGCUACUUUUAUAUUAACAACAUAUGUAGGCUAAUGUUUUCUUUGCGUCCAAGUCUGAAGUGAGAAAGGGAUACUGAGUAUCAUUUUCCUGUUUCAGCAUCCAGUAGAAGUAUUAGAAGUAUUUUAUGUGUAUGAAAUGAAUGUAUCCCGAGAAUAUAUCCCAAAAGUCAUCCUUAAUGGGCAACUCGCGAUGGGCACAAGAAAAACUGGUUGUCCCUUCCUCUGAUAUGUGGCUGUAGUCAAACAGGACCUCAAAGCAAUAGACAUUGAUGUUGACUACUGGGAAGGCAUAGCUCUAGACCACACUAUGGGAAGAGAGAUGGUGUCAAAGAAAUAUAUAGAGACAGUGAAAAAGUAUUGGCCUCAUUUCUGGAAGAAAAGGGGGACAAUUGAAAGAUGGCUAGUUCCUCUACUACUACAGCAAAUACCACCUUGUCCUGACUUGUAUGUUGACGGGACCGUCUCCCCAGAAUAAGGCUCGGCAGUCACAUGAACAAGUGCCCUAUUAGGUGAACCAUAGUUGUUCAAUAACUGAAGGAGGCCAACACAUACGUAGAGAUAUCUGACUCCAUAAUUUGCUAGCUAAGUUAAAGAGAGAGAGAAGAGUGUAGUGAGAUUCUUGGGCUAGCAGAGGAAUGGAGAUAGACAGUUGACAAAUCUUGUGUUGUGCCCUAACGGCCCAACAAAGGGAUAGGUGAAGGUGAAGCAGCUCAGGCUUAUAUUGAAACCGCUGUAUUGUCAAUGUAUUUGUGUAGAUGAUUGAGUUAAUUUCAUUCAUUUCGAAACAAUUUUGUUAUGAAUACAAUUGAAAUUGAUGUAAACACUGUUGACAUUUUAUAUGGAACAUAUUUUUGUAUCAUAAUGUUUGUUUUUUUGAGGAGCAUAUUCUUUUAUGUUUUGUUUUAUUAUUUUGAUCUUCAUGCCAUCUUUUGUUACCGAAAGUGUUGAGAAAUAUAAUAUUUAUUGAAAUUUGAUUUUAUUACAAUGUUCUAUUUGUAUUGUCAUUUUUUUUUUCGUAUGAACAUUCAUCAGUUUUAACAUUGUUUUGAUUUUAUCCCCUAAAUGAAAUUUUCAUAUUAAGGGCAAAAAUAUUUCUUUGCUAGAAAUAUGUUUUUGUUUUUUUUUAAAAUUAUGUGCUGACUUUUAUUUUUCAUUCCUUUCAUUUCAAAAGAAAUGGCAACCAUUUUCUUGUCCCUAACUUUUAUUGGAGCUCAUUUUAUCUCUGUAUUCUUUCAUAUUCUUAUGUGAUCUGAUAUGAAACACUAAUGAGCUCAAACAGCUGCUCGGUCACUGAACAUAAAUUAUUCUCAAAACAUUCUUUUUCAAACAAUAACAAGGUUUAUUCGAUUAUUAAUGUUCUUUUUGUUUAUUGGAAACUCUGUCAUCAUUACUUUCUGUCUAAAGCCAGCCUAAACAUAAUUACUUUACAUAUGUUUUGGAAGCUAAAAAUCAGAACUAGCGAAAUCUGGAGUGUCACCAGAGAAAGGUGACCAUGUCCUUCAAAUCUACGAGGGAAAAAAAUUAUAAAAAAUAUAAACUUUUUUAGCAUUAUGUUCAGCGAUUGAGCAGCUUUUUAAGCUCAUGAGUGGUUUGGAUCAGAUCCAAAUACUAAAUUGGUAACAUAGGUGCCAUACCACUUUUUGAGUGGCUAUCAUGUUCAUUGAUUUGUUACUUUUUGAAGCGAAAAGAUCACGCUGUGCAUACCUGCGAUUUGUAACCAUCAGUAAUCUAUUGCUCGUGUUGAAACAUUUUUUAUACACAAGAUAUACAACUCCAUUUAGUAAGAUUAGUGUUUAGGUUAAAGAAAAGAAAUCCUGUUUCAUAGCAAAGGUUGAGUUGUGCCUUUUUGUUGUUGAGGUUGUCAUGGAAUUCUUGUCUAAAAGAAACUUGUCCUUUAUAUAUAUAAUAGAUUCAGUAAUCUAUCAGAUAAAGAAAGUAACCUGAAUAUGGAUGAUUUUAAAAUGUGAGCAAUACAUAUGUUCAGUAAGAGACACUUAUGGCAUAAUGAUCACAAGUAUGUACAUAGAGGAUAUCUUUAUGAUAUGAAUCUGUCAGGUAGAGUUGAGCCAUAGGCUCUUGAAACUCUAGGCCAGCAAAAGCAAACAAGAGCUCCCUCUCACCAGCCUGAUUGAACAGAGUGUUCUGUUUGAAAUGGGGCCUUACUAGUGUUCACACUGUCAUUUCCAGACUGGUGGAAUAGGGAUGCCUCCGAAAGCCGAGCACACUGGGAACCUCUGUAUUUUCUUUUUCUAUACCAGGCUAACUGUGCAGGGCUCACCAUUGAUGAAACGGCCCCUUGAGGAAUAGCACCUGGAUUGUUAACCUGGUCGUGAAAGUUCUUUUACAACCCCGCACAGAGCUAUGGGAAUACUCUUGCACUCCUCAGGCACUACAAUGGGAGUCUUGUUUCGCUUCCAGUUCUGCCUAAUCAUUUCCUCUUAGGACCGUUUACAUCCAGGCAUCACUGUGAGGCAGGGUUAAUUCCCGGGUAUCUUUCUGAUAAACAAAGUUCUGAGUACAGUGACAUAUUCAAACUGUUUUGAUUGAGAAAUUUCUAUUUGCUCAAAAUUUGCUUAAUUCUUUAUACAUUUGUUGUUGUUUAAAAUAUGGACAAAUAGGCUUCUACACUAUAAAAUUUGACAUGAGCGUUACAGCAUUGCAUUUAUUUGUGUCCAUGUGAUUGAUAGCAUGGUAAUGCAUGCGCCACUAACAUCUCAGUCCAGGCCUGUUUCUAGUUCUCUCGCUGGACACUUCAUUGUCUAGUUGGGAUCAGGCAGACCUCAUAUGGAACUUCCCUAGUUGAUCAGACUUGAUUCCCUUCACUGUGACCACCGGACUGUACAUACAAUGCCAUGAGGAUAUAAAUACAUAGGUUUAUAUUCAAAUCAAAUUACUCUGAACAUGUCCAAGUAAGACCAAUUUCAAUUUAGUGGUAGAUUCAUUGAGGGAAAACAUCUAACAUCAACUGAUUGCUUCCAAGAGAGAUAACUCUAGGAAAAGUACUGUACAUACUACCCACUCACCUACACAUCUACAAUGUAUUUAUGCUAUUCUUGUUUUAUUGAAAUUGAUUCAACUCUUGUCAUUUUUAAACACCUUUUGUAUGAGAUGCUUCUAAAGCUUUACAUAUAUAUUACUGAUGCAUCAACUGAUAGUUUUAAAGAUCAUUUUAUUUUAAUUCUAAGUAUCCAAUUGUAUAUAUAAAAUUGACUGCAGGUUAUGACACUAUUGAAAUAAAAUGAUUUAUUCCUCUUA